AUGGCUCACGAGUACGAUGACGAGGCGCGCGACGCCUACGACAACAAGACUCCCAAUGAGUUCAGCGCUGCGGCGUCCACCACGGGACCGUUGGCCGGCCCUUCGAACCAGGAGGAGCACGAGGAGUACGACGCCGAGACGGUCGAGAAGGUCUACAGGAAGCUUGACCUUCGCAUCAUCCCAGCCUUCUGGUCGCUCUACUUUCUAUGCUCAGCCAUCAGGUCCAAUAUCGGCAUUGCGCAGACGAUGAACUCAGCUCAAGGGCAUGAUUUGAUGUCGGUUCUGGGACUCACCGCCAAGGAUACCUCCACCGCUCUGGCUCUGUUCUACGUGGCAUAUGUCAUCUUUGACUGCCCCUCGAACCUGGUCAUGGCCAGACUGAACCCUAGAGUAUGGAUGGCCCGUAUCGUCAUCGCGACUGGCAUCGUCGGAACCUGCUUCGCCGCCGUUCAGAGCGCGUGGAGUGUCAAGCUCCUCCGGUUCCUGCUCGGCGUCGUCAUUGCUGGCAUGUGGCCCGGUAUGUCCUAUUAUCUGACCUUAUUCUACCCGCCGUCUCGCACUGGCAAGAGAAUCGGCAUGUACUUCACCGCUGCCCAGCUUUCGGCUGCUGUGGUCGGUCUCGUUUCUGCAGGCUUUCAGCUCAUGGACGGCAUGGGUGGUCUCGUCGGUUUCCGCUGGAUGUUCCUCAUCUACGGCCUCGUUGCCAUUGUUCUUGGCUUCUCCCUGCUUUGGUGGCUCCCUGACCGCCCUCUGCCUCCAGGCCAGAAGCGGGAGCGCUCAAAGUGGUUGAAGUGGAUCCCACCCACGCCAGAGGCUCUGUCCGGCCACGAUGCCAUCGUCCACUACUCUGAGCUUCGCCGGGUGUACCACCCGAGGCCGUGGACUGUCGGAGAUCUCUUCAGAGUUCUGAUCGACUGGCGUCUCUGGCCGUUGACCAUGAUGUACUUUGGAGUCGUCGGCGUCGGUAUCGGCACUCAGCUCUAUGGAUCCGUCAUCAUCCGCUCGAUCGUGCCCACAGCAUCCAGCAUCGAAGUCAGCUUGCUCUUUGCUCCCAUCUGGAUCAUGGACUUGAUCGCGAUUCUCCUCAUCAUGCCAAUCUCCGACCGCUUCCACCGCCACAGGCCCUUCAUCUUCUCAGCCGCCGUGUGCAUUCAGAUCGCCGGACUUCUGAUGGUCACCUUCGCUCUCGACAACGGCUGGGCCCGCUACGGCGGCCUCCUGAUGGUCGGCUUCGGUCUCGGCCCGACCGUCCCAAACUGCAUGACCUGGACAAACGAGAUCUUCCAGCGCCGCCACGGCGAAGUCGGCGUCGCCGCGGCCUCCGCCCUGGUGUCGGGCCUCGGAAACCUGGGAAGCAUCGUCACGACGUACGCAUUGUACACGGGCUGGCCAGAGGACGCCGCCAAGGGGCGCUACCAGUACCGCCGCAGCAACUACGCCAUGAUCGGCAUCCUAUGCGCCAGCAUCGUCAGCAGCUUCGCCAUGUUGGUCCUGUUGAAGAUCUUUGGCAACCCGCCCGCGAACAAGAUCUCUUCCGACUCCUCCAGCGAGAUCCAGGACGGCGCCGCGAGACGUGAGGCUCGGGAGCGCGGUCUCGGCAAGCUCUUUGGCCAGCGUCAGGAAGCGUAG